CACUAUUGUCACCAUCAUCAUCCUCAUAAUCAGUCUGUUGUGGCAAAACUGAUUAGUGCUUGUCAAUAACAGCAAUAACAACAACAGCAGCAACAGUAUUAGUGGAAGCAGCAGCUUGGGACAUUAAUCAUCUCUUGUCAUCAUCACUGACAUUAUCCAUUUUGCAAAGAACUUGAAUUCUAAGAAGGAAUCUAUUGGAAACUACCACCAACACUCCCACCACAACUACUGACACUACCAGCACCACAACACCACUAACACCAUCACUAUAAUAAUUAUCACCACAACUACCACCAGCUGUAACAUCACCACCACCACCACCACAACCAUUAACGCUACUGAUACUACUGUUACAACCACAACACCCACAAUUGUUGCUGCUAACCCCACCGUAAUUACCACUACUACUAACACCACCAGCAGCAACACCAACAGCAGCAGCACCACCACUACCACCAACACCACCGCCACCACCACAACUACCACCACAACCACUACCACCACCACUGAUACUACUGUCACAACCACAACCACUAACAUCACCACUGUAAUUUUCAUCACUACCACCAUUGCUACAAAACUUAUAAGAAAACAAAAGACAAACCCAUAUUUUUUAUGAGUGAUUCUACAAGAUGCAGAAUUCAUAUGGAGCAUCUACGGACAGCAGGAAAUCAUGGUUAGCAAGUGCCUUCUGCAUCAAAGACAGUCAUUUGGGCGAGUGCCUGCUCUCGACAAAUGCACGUGAAGACCGACGCCUGAUUCUGGUGUUGAAGAACUUGGUGCGAGAAUACCAAGAUGCACAACGCAUGCAGCGAAUUCAUGUUCGCAACUUUCUCAACAGAUCCUACGUUUUGCACCACAAACCAAUCCAAUGUAGUGGUGGUCAUCUGCCAUAUAUCGCAGGGGCUAUGUGUUCUAGAGAUGUCCUAGAGCUCCCUCCAAUUAGAGUAGCUAACCCUGCUGCUCAGUUUGUCUUGAAUCCUAGGUACCAAGGUUCAAUACCAAUGCAGAGUAGAUUGCCACGCUGCAACAAACAGUUAUUUAGAUCCAGCACGGUUUUCAGAAAACAUUGAUUUAAUGGUGCAGUGAUAUCAUCACAGUGAUUAAAGAGAUAGUGCUACAGUGACAAUAAAGCUAUCACCACU